AUGACAGCUGAGAAAGAAAACACGAGUUUGAAUGUCACUACUGCAAUUGUGACAGAUAACGACGACAAACUACAGCUAAUGAAAGGCAAGCGACUGCUUAUUUAACAAUUGUUUCACUGUUUGCAAAGAUAAUUCGUUUUUGUAUUGCUGCUGUUAGCUAGCUUGACAGUAGCUAGCUUGACCCUUGAAUUAUUAGCUAGCUAGUACAGUAGCUAGUAUAGUUGAUUAUUACUCACACGACAAAUUCUUGUGACUCAUAACCAACGUCCCAUCAACCUUUUCAGGUGCAGCUUUCCUGACGACUGUCGCAUCUGCUGGGAUGAUAGCAGGAUUCGGCUCCACGUUAGCCUUGGCCAAGAAAAAUAGUCCAGGCUGGUUUAGCAAGGUAGCUAUGAUUGAUAGCUACAACAUUCCAUUACAUACAGGUUACGUUACAUUCAUGUUAGCCUUGACCCAUGACGAAGUGAUAUGAGAUGGAGCUGGGCUACAUAAUGACUGUCUCAAAUGAAUGGCAUUAAUUGCAAUCAAUGGCCUCCAUGUAUGAAAGGCAAGCACAACUACAUCUUUAUGACACAGCACAAUUGGUAGCAAGUGUGCUUACCCUGUAACUGCAGGGUCGCUGAUGUUCCUACAAAAUUGCUACAUUGGUGGGAUAAUGUUUACAUUUUGGUCAUUUAGCAGACACUCUUAUCCAGAGCGACUUACAGGAGCAAUCAGGGUUAAGUGCCUUGCUCAAGGGCACAUCGACAGAUUGUUCACCUAGUCGGCUCGGGGAUUCGAACAGUUACAGUAUUUAGGACACCCCAUGAGCUGUCCUAACCAGUUAAGUUACCAGCAGGUGUCUUCAUAAUAGAAAGAUGCAGGGAGUCAGUGGUUCCUGCGUCACAUGCAAUUGCUUUUGAGCUGUUAAAAUAAUGUUUUGUUAUUUCAUCAAUCCAUAAAUAAUCUAGACCUACAUGUAACAGUAUCUCUUGCACGUUUGACAAUUUCACGAGACAUAUUUUACACGACAUGCCUAAAUACUUAUAACCACUAGGCUAAUAAAUACAUGUUUUUCUUUGGAAUAUUUAAUUACCUAGAUCAUGUUAUUUCAGGUUAUCCAUUAGGAACGCAACAUCACGUUAAAAAAAUCUCUAAAUUGGGCAUGCCUAUAAAUUGUGCAAAUGAAGUCAUCUAUAGUGGUUAUGUUAACUUUGAUAGUGUUCGAUGAAAAUGAUAAGCUUUUCAAAACGUUGUAUGCAACAUUAUCGGCAAGUGACUUGAUGCCUACCGUGCCAAAGCAAUUUAGAGUUGUUAAAUGGGAGUGACGAGUGUGUUGAUUACGGUAAUAUUGUGCAAAUUCCGCUUUUAACAACCAACAUUUGAUUUUAAAAAAAGGCUAUGCAUUCCAACAUAUUAGGCAAUAAUUAACAGUAGGCAAAGUGACCCCUUUCUGUGUUUUUAAACAUUGCCGCACUAGGGCGCUGCGCGCAAGUUUGUCGCAGAACAAGAGGGAGGAAGUUCUUACAGAACGCCAGCAAAAAAAGCCUAUUUAUAUGUUGCUUGUGAGUGCAUUUCACACUACUUUUGGAUUUUAAGGCUCGUAUGAAUGUUCUGCUUAAUAUAAUGUUUGUGUGAUCAUCGCAAAUCAACUGCAUUAUACUUUAAAAAACACUAACUUCAACCAGUAAAAUGUCUCUUUGGCUAGAUUUUACAGGCUAUAUCAAUGAGCAUUAGCGUUCUAGCUAACAAUUGCUGCAUCCAAAAUAGUUAUUUUGCAAAGAUCAUAACCAAAUAUGAUCUUAGCGACUGUUAAAGCAAAAAUCAAAACAUCAUUGUAAGCUUAUGAGAACCCAAAAAAGUUAUUUUGUUAGAGUCGCCUAGAGUCGCACGCAUCUGUAGGUGACGUCAAUGUGUUGUGUACUGCAAAGGGGUCUAUAGAGUUCACAGCUGGCGAUGCCUCAUCAUGAUUGAUUAUUCCCCAUAAUUUGCAACAAUGUCAAUGAGCGUCAUCACCAUCUUUCCUUUGUGGUACCUCAAACUGUCUGAUUACCAGCUGAGAAACUUUACUCUGAGCUGGGAGAUUUUUUUGUCUUAAAACAGGUUUUAACAUGAUUCCUAGGACCUUUUCUGAGAUUCUUUGUGGAUACAGGCCCAGGGCUCUGAUCAAAAGUAGUGCACUAUUUAGGGAAUAGGUUGCCAUUUGGGGCAGUCACAAGUCCUGAGCUUAUAUUAGUUCUAUAGAUAUACUUGGCCCAGCAGCAAGUGUGUUUUGAUAAGCUUUUUAACCCAUGCCACUUUUACUAAAUUCAAAUAAUCUUGUAGUGGCAAUUGUUGUUGUGAAGGUUGGGUUUUCACAGGGCGGCGAAGAUUUGGAGAUGUAGAGAUUGUACAGACCCGACGAGAUUGCUAACAUUAACAUUAUUAUGUAUAGGCAUAAAGGCUGUACCAGGCUGUUUUCUGGAACCAGGCUGUCUGUUCCUCACAUAAUCUCACUCUUAGAUUUAUGUGUUGAUUUUAGUGGUUUUUGGAAUUCAUAAGCGUUACUCCAAGACAGUUCUACAACCAAAACACAAAAUACCGUAAAAUAAAAAUUGACAUUUUUUAAAUAGAAGAUAAUCUAAUAUAUUGAUAGCUAGUACACCCCCCAAUCAUAACAGUAGAAACACUGAGCGUCUCACCAUCUUCUAGUUGAACCUAUGCAAUUUACCAUUAGUCUAGGUUGGCAUCAUGGGACAUAUUUAGUCAUUAAAACGUAAUAAAUCUAGGACCUUGCAGUCGAUUCAACAGCUUCUAUCAAGUGUGGCUUUUAGGUGAUAGGUUUCCAUGCGAGUAAAGUCUGAGCAGUUUUCCUUAAUUCGCCUAGUAGUGCCAUAUUUUUUACAGUAAUCUUUUGCCAGGUCCUGAAAUACCAUCUCUUCACGCCGAUACUUGAAAGAGUUUCUCAUUAGAUUACCAAGCAGUAGGUUGUUAGGCAAAAGUGUUCUGCACUUCUUUCGAUGAGAAUUACUUAGAGAUUCUCGCGAUCUGGAAUUUGACUUCAUUUGUUUAGGCCUGUAGUGCAUUGCAAGCUUAGUAUAUAAAACUUCUCCCUCACCUCAUCUUGAUCUGGCAAGACUGAAGUUAAAGAAGGAGAUUAUGGGCGGAUGGAAUGCAAUCCUAUAAGCUGGGCAUUCGACAAAAUACUCUGUCGAAGUGGAAUAAAAAUUUGGACAUCUUUUUUUAAAUGAAUGAAAAAUAAAAUCCUAAUAUACCUUGAUUAGCUAAGUAUUCACCCCCCUAAGUCAAUACAUGUUAGAAACACCUUUGACAGCGAUUACAGCUGUGAGUCUUCUAAGAGCUUUGCACACCUGGAUUGUGCAAUAUUUGCCCAUUUUGUUCUGUCAUGGUGUUGGGCAUCAUGGCUAGACAGUAAUUUAAGUCUUCCCAUAGAUUCUCAAGCAGAUUUAAAUCAAGACUGUAACUUGGCCACUCAGGAACAUUCACUGUCUUCUUGGUAAGCAACCAGUGUAGGUUAUUGUCCUGCUGAAAGGUGAAUUCCUUUCCCAGUGUCUGGUGUAAAGCAGUCUGAAGCAGGUUUUCCUCUAGGAUUUUGCCUGUGCUUAGCUCCAUCCCAUUUUUUAUCCUGAAAAACUCCCCAGUCUUUGCCGAUGUCAAGCAUACCAUACCAUGAGGCAGCCACCGCCAUGCUUGAAAAGAAGGAGGCAGUUACUCAGUGAUGGGGUAUUUGACCCAAGCAUAAGGCUUUGCAUUUAGGCCAAAAAGUGUAUUCCUUUGCCAUGUUUGUUUUGCAGUAUUACUUUAGUGCCUUGUUCCAUACAGGAUACAUGUUUUGGAAUAUUUGUAUUCUGUAUAGUUGUAUUAUUCUUUUCACUCUGGCAUUUGGGUAGUUAUUGUGGAGUAACUACAAGCAACUCUCUACCCUCACCUGAAUGCGUUAGCCCUCUGGGCAUAGCCAGUGAGAGAGGAAAAAAAGAAAGGAAGGAAGACAGGCCCGCGACUCUUGGAAGAGUGCCAGCAUCCUUAUACACGCUCUGUAUUUACAGUUGCGUUUUUCUUGGAGAAGUGGUAUGACUAAACAGAUUCUGUAUUUACAGUUGCGUUUUUCUUGGAGAAGUGGUAUGACUAAACAGAUUCUGUAUUUACAGUUGCGUUUUUCUUGGAGAAGUGGUAUGACUAAACAGAUUCUGUAUUUACAGUUGCGUUUUUCUUGGAGAAGUGGUAUGACUAAACAGAUUCUGUUUUCCAUGGUCCAAUGCGCCUUGCAGGACUUUUUUUUGGAUGGAGUGAAGGUGUCGUCAUUGUUAAUGUCUUCUAGACAGUUGUACAGUUUAUCUAGAACUUAUGUUGCUUACGCCCAGUCUCUAAGUCUUUAGGUAGUCCUGGGACCUGCCUAUUGUGCUGCUACUAGCCGCUGAGAAGCGUAGAGAUGCAAUAUACCUCCAUCUUUCGCUUUACUGCCAGUGGUGUCCCUAAGCAGACUGUACUCUACCAGCAACUGUUUGCGCCCGCAGUCUGCCCAGAGGGUUUUCAGGUUAGUGUACCUAGCCCCGGUCGACAUUCUCAUUGGAGUCUGUGGCUUUUCGCCUGUCGCCUUCCCUGGAAGGGCGUCCCCGCCGUUGUCCAGUACGCGCAUCUACUUGGAUUGAACGAGAGCUCAUGCAAGGGCGUUGUGCUCUUCACUCAUUGGGCAACCACUCUCGAAAGAGGGUGGGCCCUUUUCUCUUCGACUGUAUCCUGCCGGAUCAUGGGGGCGAUUUAUAUUGUUUUAUAAUGACGAGAGUGACCACCUCUCGGGUACUGUUUUUGGAACAUCUCAUUAAACUGAGAUUUUGUGAGCUUUGCAUUGGGCUUCCCCUCACUUUGUAAUUCGUUUUUCCCCGACGGGUUGUUUCUGCACCUUCUGGGUGUGUACUCCCUUUGUUUCGGAGCCUCUGAGGGUUGGGACUACCCAGGCUUCGGAGAGCAUGUUUUGCAGCCAUAUCCCCAUAGCGAUACAUUGAAACAACUAUUUGAAAGAUAACAUAAGGUUACUUUCGUAACUCCGGUUCUCUGAUAAUGAGUGAGAUGUAUCACCGCAUUCCCCUGGUCACAAGAGCGUGAGGAAGAGAAGCAUGCUUGAGAAUGACCAGAAGGCAGGGGAGAGGCUCCUAAUAAGGAGGUGCCACUCUACCCAUCUGUCUCCAACAGACGCUUUUGAUGGGUCCUUCCACGAUCCUCAAGAAGUUAUACAGCUGCACCAUCGAGAGCAUCCUGAGUAGUUGCAUCACUGCCUGGUAUGGCAACUGCUCGGCCUCCGACCGCAAGGCACUACAACGGGUAGUGCGUAUGGCCCAGUACAUCACUGGGGCCAAGCUUCCUGCCAUCCAGGACCUCUAUACCAGGCGGUUUCAGAGGAAGGCCCUCAAAAUUGUCAAAGACUCCAGCCACCCUAGUCAUAGACUGUUCUCUCUGCUACUGCACGGCAAGCGGUACCGGAGUGCCAAGUCUAGGUCCAAAAGACUUCUCAACAGCUUCUACCCCCAAGCCAUAAGACUCCUGAACAGCUAAUCAUGGCUACCCUGACUAUUUGCACCCCCACCCCAUCUUUUUACGCUGCUGCUACUCUGUUAAUUAUUUAUGCAUAGUCACUUUAACUCUACCCACAUGUACAUAUUACCUCAAUUGACUCUGCACCGGUAUCCCCCUGUAUAUAGCCCUCCUACUGUUAUUUUAUUUUACUUCUGCUCUUUUUUACUCAACACUUUUUUGUUGUUUUAUUUUAAAUUGUAUUAAGAAAUAAAUGAGUUGUUGGUUAAGGGCUGUAAGUAAGCAUUUCACAGUAAUGUCUACACAUGUUGUAUUCGGCGCAUGUGGCAAAUACAAUUUUAUUUUAUUUGAGUUGGUGAUCCUGGCGAAUCCCCAUGGUGAUAAAGCUCACUUAUCAUCAGAGAACCGGGGUUACGAAAGUAACCUUAAGUUUGGAACCAUGUGUAGAGCAACUCUUGUGUACCUCAAUGUGACCUCAAGUGUGUAUGCAUGUGUUCUUUCAAGGGAACGAUGGCCACUGCUGCAGUACCGGAGACUGGGGCGUCCCUGGCUCUCCGUGCCCUGGGGUGGGGCUCUCUCUACGCCUGGUGUGGAGUGGGCCUGCUCAGCGUCGUAGUCUGGAAAGCCAUGGGGGUCCAUAGUGUACGUAUUAAUCAACUCAACCCAUCUCAUUGUCUUGCCCUUAUCAUUCCAUCGGAGAACAUCAUAGACUAACAUAACACCUUUUAACUAACACUCAGUAAAUGUACAACAUGUGCUGCUCAAGAAACCUCCACUUCUCCGUCUUCACAGCUAACAGAGUUCAGGCAGAAGAUGCAGUCUGUUUUCCCAGCUAUUCCCCAAAACGAGGAAGGACCAGCCAACUCAGAGGAAUGGGACUCCAUCUUCAAGUCUAAAGAGGACUGA